AUGAUCUUUCCGCCGAUUUGGCUCGAGGUCCUAUUAGGCGGUGCAAGUUGUAUGAGGUGCUGUAAAGAUCCGGAAGAGGAGCAAGAUGUCCUGGAAGUCCUGGUAGAGCCGGAACAUUUUGUGGAACAAGAGGAAGAUCUUUUGGAAGAGGAGGAGUACAUUACGAAAGAGGCGGAAGAUCUUUUGCAAGAGGAGAAGUAUAUGGAAGAGGAGGAAGAUCUUUUGGAAGAGGGGGAGUACAUUACGGAAGAGGAAGAAGUUCUUCUGAAAAAGGAGAAGGAGAAGGUUAUGGAAGAGGAGAAUGUUAUGGAAGAGCAAGAAGAUGUUAUGGAAGAGCUAGAGAAUGAUUUAGAAGAUCAAGAGAAAGAUUUGGAAGAGGAGGAGGAUGAAGGAGGAAGAAAAACAGGGAGAGUAAUGGGCUGGGGACCUUCCCUGGAAAAUAUAGAAGAGGAAGAUGAAGCGGAGAUAUUUUUCGAAGAUCUACUAGAUGAGCUGGAUGAAAAAAAGCAUACCGAAAUCGACGCCCUACAAGAAAAACAAUCAAAGAAGGAUGAGGCCGCCUGCCAUGGAUCGGUAUUUGGCAGCGUUACUUAUUUUAUUUUUUUGUAA